AUGAAUCAACCAGCCGCCUACACGUCCCUCGAGUCGCUGUUACUAUUCCAGUCGUUGUUGACUCAAGGUGUCGAACCUGGGGCCUUCGCGCGUAUCUCUGAGCAACUCAAAGAGAAUCCGCUUAUCAAGGAAGAGGCCAGUUAUGAUCCCGCACGAUUAAAGCCCGAUGCGCUUCAGCAUCUGUUCCUGCGACUGUUUGGGGAGGAAUUAAGAGGCGAUUCCGAGAAGGCUACAACCGACGAUCACGCAGCAUCACCGAAUUCGCAAAAACGAAAAUCUGAGGGAUCUCCGCUACCGACGCUGAAAGAGGUGUACGACAAUGUUGAAAAGGCCCAAUCGCUCAUCCAGCGCCUCUGGCAGCGUUACCAUGCUAAGAUUGUUGGUCAAAUUCGAGAGGAUGAACAGAAAAUCGAAGCGGUCCAGAAGGAUAUCAAUCUCCUAGAGCGAUCAGCACGAGAACGGCGCGCUAGAGCCGCAAGUCAAAAUGGAACGCCUGUGCUAGCUGCUAGGGACCAGAAGGCUUCGAUUCCGUCUAACGGGCCGUCACCGUCACCUACUGCGACAACGAGUGCGGCGACCCCAGUUCGAAAAGGACCUACACCACAAACGCCGGUACUGCCACCAAAACCUCCGGUUCCUCAGAGUGCCCAACCCAGCGUUGCACCACCAAGCCAUUUGCCCGCUGGAGCGACGCCGAUACGGCCUUCUCCUUCGCCUAAUCCACCCAGUGCUAAUGGCUCAGUUCUUCAACCUCCACCAGGAGUUCCUCAGACUGGACCACGGCCGCUACAGGCUUCACAAGCUCCCAAGCAGGCUUUGACUCCACGGCCAGAGGCUGGCGCAAAACCGAAAGACGGCAGUGCAGUUCCUCAGAAUGCAUCCCCGGCUGGAGCUCCUCUUAAGUGGGAGAAGCCUUAUCAACCGCCACAGGCUGCUCACACGCCUCCACGACAAUUUCAGUCACCUCUUGCGCCAGGGCCAAUAGCUCCACCACCAGGGCAGCAGCAUACCCAACAGCAUCCUCAGCAACAGCAACACUCGCAAACACAUACGCAAUAUCCCCAGCAGGCGCCGCAACAGCAACAGUGGUACCCUCAGCAAAGUGCACAGUUCUCUCCCAAACCUGGAGCUCAACCGCUAUCCUCUCACCCUCAAACGCCCCAGCAUGCUCAGGUUCAGCCUCGACCACAACCUGUUGCUCCGCAACCGCCUCAGGCCCAGCAUCAGCAACAGGGACAACAAGCUCAACACCAGCAGCAACGUCCACAAACUCACCAAGUUAUACAACCGCCGCAGCCAGCGUCAGCGCAGCAAGCUCCCCGAACCCCCCAAACACAACAUACUACACCAUCUCAGCAAACUCAAAAACCUCAUACCCCUACACCAGCCCAGCUUGCUCAGGCGCAACAGUCCCAGCAAGGUCACGUUCCUGUCCCUCAUAUUCCUUCCCAGCAACAGCAGUUCAAGCCUCGACCAACUCCCACAAAACCAGGACUGGCACCGCCUCAACAUGCUGGUCAAAUACCACCACCUCUGCAACCAGCUCCUCCGCGACAAUCAGUAGACUUGAGUGCGGGCCAGACGCUGCAGGCUCGGCCGUCUUCGACAACACCUGUGCCGCAUCCUCGUCCUAUCCAACCACCACUGGGACAAGCACAGCAGGUUCGACCGAUUGCUUCAGCCUCGCCAAAUCCUCCCCCAGGAAGUGCAGGUCCUAUUGCACCACCUCAGCAACGGUGGCCGCAAGGGUAUCAGCCUCAACCACCGCAGGCGUCGCCAGCUGGCCCUUCUGCCUCGCAGGCUUCAAAACCAGAGAGCAAGAACCAGCCCCCUCAACAAGGUCCUCAGCCUCAAGUACCUGGCGCCUUGGGACAUAUCAUUCGCCAAGCUCUCAGUACUCCAGUGAAGAGACUCGGUACACCUCCUGCGCCACACACACCUACGUCAACCUCAGUACAUAUUCUCCAAGGAUUUGGAACAAAAUGGGCGCCGCAUUCAACUCCCUCGACCCCUGGUCCUGGCCAUGCGAACGCAGCUCCCCAAAGUCCAGCUUUUGAGCCAGUCAGUCCGCCUUCAAAGAAUGCGACUCUUCCCAGCUCUGCUGCGUCUACUCCAAAACCUAAGAAGCAAGCGCCUAAGGCAGUUCCGAAGCUUGAACAGUCGGCUCCCAAAUCUGUUCGGGGUCGAUCCGCCAGAGCUAGUCAGAAGGCUCGCGGAGUAAGCUCUACUCCUUCAAUCAGUAGGUCGAGGCGAAGCCAGUCUGUGAUGUCUCACAAUGAUGAGCAAGCAACACAGGCUAGCGAAACAGCCACCAGGAUUAAGGAUGAAGAUGCCACACCUCGGCCCACAGAAGAGACUGGUGAUACUACUGCUGACGAGAGUAUCCCUGGUCGACCUCAGAUUAUGACCCCUGGAAGUGUCUCUUCGCGGCUUCAUAAGCGAAAGCGACAGGGCACGCCUCCUGAACUACCAACCGAGACAACCCAGGUUCUGUGGACACGAGGUUUCACAAAGGUGUCAUCGUCUGCUCUUGACCAGAUCUCGAGCCACCGUGACGCCAACAUGUUUGCCACUAAACUACGUGAGAAGGAUGCACCAAACUAUCGCCAGAUUGUGUUGCAGCCACAGGAUAUAACAUCUAUCCGGUCUGCUAUCAAGCACGGAAACAAGGCUGCGGUUCAAGCUGCCGCAAGCCUACCUAAUGGUGAUCCUGGUACUGCGCAUGUAUGGCUGCCCAUGUCUGAAGAGCUUGUCCCGCCUAAAGGCAUUAUCAAUAGCGCUCAGCUUGAACGUGAACUCGUUCACAUGUUCUGCAACGCUGUCAUGUACAACGCCGAUCCUGAUCGUGGCCCCGGACCAGCUUUUAUGAAACGGUCCCAGGAAGAGGAGGAAGAGAUAGUAGGCUACCGUCUCGACGAGAACGGCGUCGUGAAAAACACUCGCAGCAUGUUUGUCGAGGUCGAGAAGCUUUUGGGCGAUCUUCGAAGUGCAGAGAAGGAAAGGAGUGCGCCUCCACCAUCCGCUCGCCCAGCCAGCGUCGCUACACCCGCCGAGGAAACGGGCGACGACGAUGACGAUAAUGGAGAACGUGAGACUGGAACUGCUAAGAGGCGUCGUAUCGGAGCCCGGGGCUAA